CCGGUCUAAAAAUGGUUUUAAUCCGUCCGCUGAACUAUUGCCCCCGACGGGCUUUGUUCGAAGACAAUCACAGAAGCCGGGUCAAGGCCGGCCCAGACCAACGCACAGUCAUCAGCCCCACACAGGGCUCUCGGCGCGCAACUGAGGCUGCGCAGGCUUAGGGCGGGGCAUGGUGACGCGGCUGCCGGAAGCGGGUCUGGAGCGGGCGAGACGCCUAGGGCGGGCGAUCGCUGUUUAGCUCCGCGCGGUGCGGUGCGGGCGGCCGAGUCGGGGCGUCAUGGAAGAUGAGCGGAGCUUUUCGGAUAUCUGCGGCGGCCGCCUGGCCCUGCAGCGCCGCUACUACUCCCCGUCCUGCCGGGAAUUCUGCCUCAGCUGCCCUCGGCUCUCGCUGCGUUCGCUCACCGCUGUCACCUGCACGGUGUGGCUGGCGGCCUACGGACUCUUCACCCUCUGCGAGAACAGCAUGAUCCUCUCUGCUGCCAUCUUCAUCACCCUCUUAGGUCUGCUUGGUUAUCUCCAUUUUGUGAAGAUUGAUCAGGAGACUCUGUUAAUCAUUGAUUCCCUUGGCAUUCAGAUGACUUCAUCUUAUGCUUCAGGCAAAGAAAGCACUACCUUCAUAGAAAUGGGCAAGGUCAAGGAUAUUGUCAUCAAUGAGGCUAUUUACAUGAAGGUGAUUUACUACCUCUGCAUCUUAUUGAAGGAUCCAGUGGAACCACAUAGGAUAUCCCAAGUAGUACCUGUCUUCCAGAGUGCUAAGCCCCGGCUGGACUGCUUGAUUGAAGUAUACAGGAGCUGCCAGGAGAUCCUGGCACACCAGAAAGCCACAUCAACAAGCCCAUGAGCCCCAGCGUUCAGAAGGCCAGCAUUGUCUUCCAUGGGAGAUGACUCUUAAACCAUAGGGGCUGGUUUUCUGUACUCUAAACCAUCAGGUGGACACAGUCCUAGGAACCAUUAUCGGUGUAGUGCAUCUCAGAGCCAUAGAGCAGGUGACUGAAAAUCUAAGUGUAUUUCCAUGUACUGUAGUGUUUUCCUUGUAAAGUUUUGCCUACUUUACCAAAGGAGGGGAGACCUUAAGAAUUUUGACACAGUAUAUCAAAAGUAAUGUCAGCAAAGAACACUUUGUGAAAUUGCUAACCAUGUUCAGGUUUACUUUGUUGAUGUUUGUGAAGCAAAACCUUGGGAAACUGACGUCAGAUGUCUUGAGCAAGGUGUAUUUUCCAAUAUUACCCCUUGUGUAAAGUUACAAAAAAAAACCAAGCCCUCCACGUACUGGUUAGCAGGAAGAAAUGUCCUACAAAAGGUGAGUCUGUCAACCUAGCGCCUGUGUUCUGUACAGGGCUUAUUUACUCUUAAUAAACAGAUCUUCCAAAACACACAGUUACCUGAUUCACAGAUAGCUGCUUUUUAUUGACAAACAAGAUCAUGGUAUUUCAGUCAUGGUGUCAAGCACAUUAAUACUUUUCUGUUACUCAGCAAUUUUUUAAAAUCAGUUCAAAAGCUACUUUUGCCAAGAGGGAUGAGACAAAAGGCCACACAGAAAUUUGACUUUGGUUUUCAGACACGGGACUCUCAUGUUAACAAAGAAUAAAUAAGCAAAUUAUUGAAUCCUU